GCGGAAGAAGAGGCAGCUAGAAGACUUAAUACUGGUAGGGGGGGAGGUAAUUGGACUUUCUCCGGUGCCAACAGUCGAGCCAAGAGAUCCGACUUAUUUGGACCCGUCGUUUUGAGAGAUCAAGCUGAUCAAGCAGGCAAAGAACACGGAAUGACAUUCGACCUUGACGCUAUGAACUUUGUUGCUGUCGCCGCCGAAUCACGUAUACGAGCUAUCAUUCAAUCCUCCAUCCACGCUCAACAACAUCGAGCUUCCACAUCUCACCUUCAUGCUCCACCCCUUUCUUCCACCGGUAAACCUUUGUGGUCACACGCCAUACGGUCGAAUCCCAAUGCGGUGAUGGAAGCCCUCACACGACAGAAUAGAGAUGCCGAACAAACAUUCCGCGCUACUCGUAUGGAUCGUUUGGCACGUGAGACCGAACUCGCCAGAGUGAGAGAUCGUGCGGAACAAUCAAAUGAAGAGUCGGGACCCUCAACACCCAGGGCUGAUGGGACCCCGACCUUUGGUGCUGGUGGUACUGCAGAUAAGAAAAGGAACACCAAGAAGAGUGCUAGGGAUGUGAGUGCAGAGGUACAGAUAAAGAUGAGCAAUGCGACAGCUCUACGACAAGCAGGUGGGAGAAAACAAUACGCUUGGAUGACGAACGCUCCCGCCAUCUCAAGUAAUCUGAAGCCCAAAAAGGCAAAGACAGAAGAACCCACAAGGGUCGAGGCGACAGAACCGGUCACAUCAGAAGAGAACAUCCCGGAGAAAGGAGGGAUUGUCAAGGGAAAGAAAAAGAGAAAGAUAGCAGCAGAUGUUCCCGAGGUGACGAGACGGAGCGUAGUGGUAGCCAAAGAUCAAAAUGGGGAGAAAAAGGUCCCAGAUGAUAAAGCCUUGACCGUGGUGGAUCUGUUAUGGGCGAUGGAACGGGACUCAGGUUCCAAGGGAGUGGGCAGUGUGGAUGAAGUGGUUCAGAGGAUGUAUGCGAGACCUGGUGGUCCAUGGGGAAUGGAGGAGCCGACCACGUCACAGGAGCCUAAAAAGUUGUAA